UAUAAACCUGUUCGCUAUCAUUUAACACGCUUGAAUGGAACUAUUACAACGUAUAAUGCAAUACUCAUAAUUUUUCGAUGUACACUGAGUCAAGUAAAUGUGAUAACGCCUUUAUUACUAUAGUUCACUUCCCGGAGUGUAGAGUUCUAAAACAGUCCCACAAUUGACUAAUAAAAACAGCGUUUCGGAAUAAAAUAUACUUGUGGUUUGCGUUCCAGACGUAAAUGCAGUGAUUUACAUCUGUACCUACUGUUGAACUAUAAUGUGAAAUUGCGUAUGCUAUCAUAAUGCUUAGAUUUCGAGGAUUCAAGGCUUCGCUGAAUUUUAAUUCCGGAAAGAAAAAUGGUGUUGAACACUAUGACGUAGCUCCGGGUAUAUCUCUCAACGGUGCAUACAGGACAAAUAAGGAUGAACUUUUCGGCAGCGACCUUUAUUCGGAAUGGCCAAAAAUAGCACCGUCAUCCAUGACAAAACUACCAAGUCAAUCUGUGCCAUCCAACAAUCAAUCGAAAAGCACCAGCGAUUUAAUGAAUCCCUCAAACGAGGCAAUAAAUACACGGAAAAGUGCACCCGAUAUAUCACAAUCAGCAACAGAACCGAUCAAAGUUAAUGUUAAAGAACAAAAGAAAUUAGAGAAAAAACGUCUUAUCGACCAGAAAAAGAGAGAAAAGUUUGCGGAAAAAGAGAGACAGAGGGAAGAGAAAUUACUGGAAAAACAGAGAAAGCAAGAAGAAAAAUUAAAGAAAGAGAGAGAGAAACAACAUAUUGCACAACAGACUAGAGCUGCUCAAAAUCGACCAAAGAAUGUAGAGCAAAGGAAACCAACAAAACGGACCGCACCUCUGCCUCAGCAACAGAGGGCGACACCCCAAACGCAGCAACAACGGACCUCAACUGAACCGCAACAACAACGGAACACAAUUCAACAAAGGACCGCACCUCAACCCCAGCAACAACAAAUACCGCAAACUGGUACUACUGGUAACCGUACUGAGAUACAACAAUACACAACAAACACUCUAGAAAGUUCGAUUAGCAAAACUAGCGGCCCCCCACCAUAUUCAUCAGUUCCCGAAGUGACCACAAAACGAAUUGAUACCGGGAACACUAGCUUUGCGAAACCUGUGGAAGAUACGGACAGUUGGGAUCUCAUAUCACAGCAUCGUCAACAAAUGAACAGACAAACAGGCGUUGGCAAGAGUGCUCCGAAACAAACGCACUUGGAUUUGCAUUAUAAUGUCAGCAGUUUAAAGAGCAACGAAAAUAGCAACGCUUAGUUGUACGCAUUCCUAUUUUAGUUGCUAGCUGGUUAAAUAGUGAACGAUGAAAACGUCAUAUUAGCAUAAAUUGAAUAUAAGUAUUUAUUAGUUUAAAAAGGAAUAUGUUUGAUGCCAAA